AUGCUCUUUAAUUUGCGGAACCUGCUCAAUGCUGCAACUUUAAGAAAGAGCAGCAAGCAACUGGUGCAACAUUUUCGGUCUGGGCAACCAACUCAAACUAAUGUUAAUCUGAAAGGUCGUGACCUCCUAACUCUGCAAAGUUACACAGCGGAAGAAAUAAAGUAUUUGCUAUGGACGGCAUCAGAUUUGAAACAAAGAAUAAAGGACAAGGGAGAGUAUUUGCCUUUGUUGCAAGGAAAAUCUUUAGCCAUGAUUUUUGAGAAAAGAAGUACCCGAACAAGAUUAUCCACAGAAACAGGGUUUGCUCUCCUUGGGGGACAUCCUUGUUUCCUUACAACCCAGGACAUACAUUUGGGUAUUAACGAGAGUCUCACAGAUACAGCACGGGUGCUGUCUAGCAUGACAAAUGCAGUCUUGGCCAGAGUUUAUAAACAAUCUGAUCUGGACUUGUUGGCGAAAGAAGCCUCAAUCCCAAUAGUCAAUGGAUUGUCUGAUUCAUACCAUCCUAUCCAGAUUUUAGCUGAUUACCUUACACUCCAGGAACACUAUGGCUAUCUGAAGGGGCUCACAAUAAGCUGGAUUGGUGAUGGAAACAAUGUCCUGAAUUCCAUCCUGAUGAGUGCUGCUAAAUUUGGGAUGCAUCUGCGUGUUGCUACUCCAAAGGGCUUUGAACCAGACCCCAACAUCGUUAAAGUAGCUGAAGAGUACUCCAAAGAGUAUAGCACCAAAUUGUUUUUCACGACUGAUCCCUUGGAAGCUGCAAGUGGAGCCAAUGUCCUAGUUACGGACACAUGGAUAAGCAUGGGACAAGAAGAGGAGAAGGCAAAGCGAUUGAAGGCUUUCCAAGGUUACCAGAUCACAAUGCAGACUGGAAAACAUGCGGCCUCUGACUGGACCUUUUUACACUGUUUACCAAGAAAGCCAGAAGAAGUUAAUGAUGAAGUAUUUUAUUCUCCACGAUCACUGGCUUUCCAGGAGGCUGAAAACAGAAAAUGGACAAUUAUGGCUGUCAUGGUUUCCCUGCUGACAGAUUACUCACCACAGCUGCAAAAACCUACAUUUUGA